CAGAGUAAAUUCCAAUAACAUAACAAGCAGAGACGUUUUUGUCUGUUUCAGGGUCCCAAUCUGGAUUCUCAAGGCAGAGCCUCUGCCACAGGUCCUGAAGCUGGGAAAAUUCUCGAUCAAACAAUUGGUUCAUAUCAAUCUCAGCAUAUUUCAUUGUGGGUACCACUCAAAAAAAAUGAAAAUUAGCCAAUAUCUUUGGAUUUUAAGGUCUAUGGAUGGAUAAGUUUAUGGUGUUGUGAGAAAAGGGUCAAGGGUAUAAGAAAAUAUAAGAGAUUUUGGCAUCAGAAAUUUUGAUUUCUUAGCUGGGUUUCUUCUCUCCAGAGAUAAUGUUGAAGCUAUACUCGAUGGCUUCUCACGGAAACCCUCCUGGUCCAGGACUAGUCUUUUACAAAGAACGGACAGGAGUCAUCAAGGACUGCCCGCCCUUUUUGCCAAGUCAGGGAGCAAGACAAGAAAUAAAAAAACUGAACUCCUUUAGGCUGAGGCCACAGCAUGAUGAAUCAUGGAGACCCACUGGUGGAUUCUGUGAGCACAACCAGUUUGCCAAGAUUGACUCAACAGUUGCAAGGCCUGUACUCAUUGAUAUGCAAGACACUUGCCCAGACUCUGUACUCUUCAGCUAUGGGAUAGCUGAACAAUGCACUAAACAUGAGAAAAUCUUGAAGUUUCUCACAUCCGGAUCAAGUGACCCAGAGAAAGAUGGAUUAGAUUUAUCUGUGCUGUCUGAUUUGAUGGGUUUUCAGACAUUGGCUUUGGAUGUGCAUGAGCAGCCCUGUGCUCCUCUCAUUUAUCCAAGUGGAAAAUACGAUGCCCCAAAUCCUUUAGUUGACUUUGUGGGAGAUAUGGCGCGUAGUUCUAAAAUUACAGUUCAUCCAGAUGGUCGUGUAUUAUUCACUGGCAGUGGGACAGAGAUUAAGGAUAUUCUUUCUAUUGUUGCUGAGUUUUACUUGUCGAAGAACUCAACUAAGCAAACAAAGCAGUCUAUCCUUGUUCCCCACUUUAGCUGGCCUGAUAUAAGUGAAGCACAUGUUAGUGUUAUCAGUUCUUCGUUGAAGGUCAACGAUGUGGCAGCUGCACCUUUGAAGAGCAGGUCUGAAAAAAUAAAGCUCAAGCCAUCGCUAAAGAAGAAGAAUAGCAGGAGAGGUAUUUCAGAAAGGGAUCUCUACAAAAGAAACUACUUCCAUGCAUGUGAGAGCCUUCUAUCCUUGAUGAUGGACAAGAAGCGGCAUGGCAAAACCGCAAUCCUAUCAUUGAAGAAAUCUGGUCCUGAACUUCCUGCACUCUUAACCCGGUUCUCAGCUGGCAUUGCUGGGACUGGUCUCGCUGUUCUCUUCUCUGUUGUCUGCAAAUUAGCCUGUGGGAGGGCACCCUUUUGUGCAUCAAAACUUUUCACUACAGGUUUUGGGUUUGGGCUGGUCUGGCUUUCCUGGGCAGUGAAUAGACUGAGCGACACAAUUGCAUAUGUCAGCAAGAAUGCAAGUAAGUUAGGUAUGAAGGAUGAAGAUAUGCUGGAAACUGUGGAUAAAAGUUUGAAAGACAUAUACUUCAGAGCUGCAACACUGAUGGCGGUGGCAAUGCUUAAGUUUACAUGAGCAAUGAAUGGCGAGACACUGUUGCAAAAAAAGUCGAUUGAUUGGAUGACAUGACUGGGCGAUGGUUGUAACUGUAAAUACUGUAAUUUAAGAGCUAUAUUGAGAGAGAGAAAGACCUUAUUGCACUUGCAAGGAUGUCUCAGAUUGGCAGUCUCAAGGAGUAUAUGGUAUGAGAUGUACGGACUCUGCCAUUGGAUCUUGGCUUCAGAAGGUAGGGCUUUGAAAACAUUCCUUGAGCUCCUGAGAGACUGAGUCGUGCAUGUUCUAUUGUCAGUUAACUUUAGUCUAUUUCUCAUUUUUAGGUUACACAUUUGUAAUUGAAGUGAAUGAGGGGAGGUUAAGUGGAACAGAAGUAUGUGAACAUAUACAAUUUUGCGUGGAAAUUAUCCUUGUUGCUUUUGUCGUUUUGGGUCUC